AUGCACAGCACCUUCAUGAAACUAAUUUAUAUCAACCGAGAGCCUUUUGAUGGUACAGUGGCCUUCAUUUCUCUGCCCUCUGAAAUACAAGAGAGAUUCCCCAUCAUAAACAACACCAGCCCCCGUGUUCAGUUUCAGUUUUACGGAGUUCCAACUCUCUUUCAAACAAAGAAUGACCCAGAUGGGAAAAGACUGAACACUUACGUGGUGUCUGCAAGUGUGACUAAUGCCACAGGACGCACUGAAAACCUAAAAGAAUACGUUGCAGUCACUCUGCACCAUCUAACAACUAAGAAAAUUUAUAUCAACCGAGAGCCUUUUGAUGGUACAGUGGCCUUCAUUUCUCUGCCCUCUGAAAUACAAGAGAGAUUCCCCAUCAUAAACAACACCAGCCCCCGUGUUCAGUUUCAGUUUUACGGAGUUCCAACUCUCUUUCAAACAAAGAAUGACCCAGAUGGGAAAAGACUGAACACUUACGUGGUGUCUGCAAGUGUGACUAAUGCCACAGGACGCACUGAAAACCUAAAAGAAUACGUUGCAGUCACUCUGCACCAUCUAACAACUAAGAAAAAAGACCAGAAUGUCCAGUGUGUCUACUGGGAUUUCAAUAAGAAUGAUGGAUAUGGUGGAUGGAAUCAAAAGGGGUGCUGGACAUAUAAUAGCAGCAAUGAUUACACAACCUGUCUGUGUGACCACAUGACCCACUUUGGAGUGCUGCUGGAUGUGUCCAGAACACCCAUUGAUGAGAAGAAUGAGCGAAUCCUCACUCUUAUUACAUACAUGGGUUGUGGUGUGUCUUCAUGCUUUCUUGGGAUCACAGUGCUAACAUACACCCUUUUAGAGAAGUUAAGAAGAGACUACCCAUCCAAAAUUCUGUUGAAUCUGUCUCUUGCAUUACUGGGACUGAACCUGGUGUUCCUGCUGAACUCCUGGAUUUCUUCUUUGGGCAUCCAUGGCCUGUGCAUUGCUGUAGCAGUGACUUUACACUAUUUCUUACUGACUUCCUUCACCUGGAUGGGCUUGGGGGCUGUGAAUAUGUACUUUGCGUUGGUUAAAGUUUUCAAUGUGUAUGUGCCCUCAUACAUCUUGAAAUUCUGCGUGCUUGGCUGGGGGAUUCCGCUUAUUAUAUGUGGCUUGGUGGUGGCUAUAAAGAGAGAUGCAUAUGGCAUGAACACCAUGAGUGAUUCUCAAAUGACACUGGAUGAUUCGGAAAUGUUCUGCUGGGUGCAAAAUGAUGUGGUUUUCUACGUGUCAGUAGUGAGCUACAUAGCCUUCAUACUACUGUGCAAUGGUUCCAUCUUCUUAGUGGUUCUGAUCCAGAUCCGAAACAUGCAAGUCAAUCAACCGGCUGGCACCCGAAGUGGGAUCUUGAAAGACCUGCGUGCAGUGGUGAGCCUUACCUUCUUAUUGGGUCUCACCUGGUCUGUGGCUUUUCUCGCUUGGGGUCCUGUUAAAGUGUUCCUCCUCUACCUGUUCUCCAUACUGAACAGUCUUCAAGGAUUCUUUAUUUUUGUGUUCCAUUGUCUCAUGAAGGAAAAUGUAUGCAAGCAAUGGAGAAUACAUUUAUGUUGCGGUGCUUUCAAGCUGCAGGAAUACUCUGAAUGGAGCCAAACUGCAACUGUGGUUCCCAAACACAAACACAAUCCACCAAAUACGUUUCCUUUCAUGGCAUCUGUGAGAUCCAUCAAGUCUAAUUCAACUCAGAGCUCAACGGUUUCCUUAGAGUCCAGUCAACAUCAAAUGACUAUCACAAGACCCGACCUUGGAUGUGUAUAUGAAAACAGUUUGGUAAUACCAAGAGCCAGAGCAGGAUUGACGGUUCUUCCCUACCAUUCAUCUCCUGCCACAGCAAGUGGGCUCGAGUUUCCUUCAAGGCCAUGGAAGAAUGGAUUUGACACAGAUAUCUAUCCCACAUAA